UACGAUUGGCGGCUGCCCUCUGGGCCACCAGUCGGCAAGCAGAGCUCUACCCGUCGGCCGUGAGCAAGAUGGCCGCCGUGAACGGUGGUAGUGUCGCUAUUGUGUAGUGUCUUUCAAGCUUUUGGCAGCUUCUGCGUGCGCGGCCCUACGUCGCGCGGCGGCUGCCCUACUGCCGCGCGGGGCGGGGGGCUACCGCCGGUCCUCGCGCACCCUCGCAGUCGAGGGAGUACGCGAAGCCGCCGAUCGAGUGCCUCGGAGCGGAGAGCUGCACGCGCGAGAGAGAGAGAGAGAGUGAGGAACAGGCGGCGCGGAGGUAGAGAGGAGGAGAAGAGGAAGAGGAGGCGGAGGACGACGACGGCAACAGCAGACACGGGGACGAGGACGUCGAGCGCCGAGCGCCGCCGACAGAAAGAUGCCGAGCGCGUCGUUCACGUCGUCGCGCAGCUACGUGCGGAGAUCGCGGCGGAAAGGCGCAAACAGGAUUCCUCUGCCGUCGAGAACCACUUCGGCCGAACCAUGCGACCUGCCGUGUCCGUCGCCAAACCCACAGAUGCUACCUGGGGGCGGAGUUGGCAGCGGCGGGGGUGCAGGAGGCGGAGGAAAUGGCGGAAGAGGUUCUUCUCCUAGUGUAUCCGGUGUGGCUGCACCUUCACCCUCGCCGUCUCAUUCGCACUCGUCGCCUUACGACUUGAGACGCAAGAGCCCACCUCAUCCGGACCCAGCGCCGGGCACCAGUUCUGCCCUACCACCGACGGGUGGUAGCAGUAUCGUCGCAACCCUCGGUUGUUCGUCCUUACCUGCGAGAAAACGGCCGAGACGGACGUGCUCGCUAUCUACGGAAGGUAUAAAUACGAACACAGCGGCGCACUAUCUUCAGUACGAGCUGCCGGACGAGGUGUUGCUCACGAUAUUCAAUUAUCUCAUGGAGCAGGACCUGUGCCGGGUGUCGCAGGUCUGCAAGCGUUUCCAAACGAUCGCGAACGACACGGAGCUGUGGAAGUCGCUCUACCAGCAAGUGUACGAGUACGACCUGCCGCUGUUCAAUCCGGCGCCGUGUAAAUUCGAGUUCGUCUCGCCGGACGAGUCCGACUAUCCGAAUCCGUGGAAGGAGAGCUUCAGGCAGCUGUACAGGGGCGUUCACGUCAGGCCCGGCUUCCAGGAUUUGAAGUUCAAGGGACGCAAUCUCCCGCACUUCAACACGAUUCAGGGCGCGUUGGACUACGUCGACGAGUACAGGAACAACAGCGGUGGCUCGGCGAACGGCGCCAGCACGGCCGCUGGCGGCCAGGGUUGUUGCAGUAGCGGCGGCAGUGCCGGCGGCAGCAACAACAGUUCGCAGACACUCGAAGAAGGGCCUCAGCACUUGGUGUUUCUACACGCCGGCACGUACCGAGGCGAGUUCCUCGUUAUAGACAAUGACGUGGCGCUGAUAGGCGCCGCGCCCGGUAACGUCGCGGAGUCGGUCAUAUUGGAGCGCGAGAGCGAGUCGACGGUCAUGUUCGUGGAGGGCGCGAAGCGCGCCUACGCCGGCCACCUCACGCUGAAGUUCACCCCCGACGUCACCAGUACCGUGCCGCAUCACAAGCACUAUUGCUUAGAGGUCGGCGAGAACUGCAGCCCCACCGUCGAUCACUGCAUCAUCAGAAGCUCCAGCGUCGUCGGCGCGGCGGUGUGCGUCUCGGGCGUCGGUGCUAACCCGGUGGUGAAGAACUGCGACAUCUCGGACUGCGAGAACGUGGGUCUGUACGUGACCGACUACGCCCAGGGCACGUACGAGGACAACGAGAUCUCGCGGAACGCGUUGGCCGGCAUCUGGGUGAAGAAUUACGCGAACCCGAUAAUGCGACGGAAUCACAUCCACCACGGCCGCGACGUCGGCAUAUUCACAUUCGACAACGGCCUCGGUUACUUCGAGGCGAACGACAUACACAACAACCGGAUAGCGGGGUUCGAGGUGAAGGCAGGCGCCAAUCCCACCGUCGUCCAUUGCGAGAUACAUCACGGCCAGACCGGCGGAAUUUACGUACACGAGAACGGCCUGGGCCAGUUCAUCGACAACAAGAUCCACUCGAACAACUUCGCCGGCGUGUGGAUCACCUCGAACUCGAAUCCGACCAUACGGCGGAACGAGAUCUACAACGGGCAUCAGGGCGGAGUGUACAUAUUCGGCGAGGGUAGGGGCCUGAUCGAGCACAACAACAUCUACGGUAACGCUUUGGCCGGCAUACAGAUCAGGACGAACUCGGACCCGAUCGUCAGACACAACAAGAUACACCACGGGCAGCACGGCGGCAUCUACGUUCACGAGAAGGGCCAGGGCCUGAUCGAGGAGAACGAGGUCUACGCGAACACCCUGGCCGGCGUUUGGAUCACUACGGGCUCGACGCCGGUGCUCAGGAGAAAUCGCAUCCACAGUGGCAAGCAGGUCGGCGUAUAUUUUUACGACAACGGCCACGGGAAGCUCGAGGACAAUGAUAUUUUCAAUCAUUUAUAUUCUGGAGUACAAAUAAGGACUGGCAGUAACCCGGUAAUACGCGGAAACAAGAUAUGGGGCGGACAGAACGGCGGUGUUCUUGUGUAUAAUAGUGGCUUAGGAUUACUUGAACAAAAUGAGAUUUUUGAUAACGCGAUGGCUGGCGUCUGGAUCAAGACCGACAGCAAUCCCACUCUCAAGAGGAACAAGAUAUUCGACGGCCGAGACGGCGGGAUUUGUAUAUUUAACGGUGGCAAAGGUAUCCUGGAGGAGAACGACAUCUUUCGUAACGCGCAAGCGGGUGUGCUCAUUUCGACGCAAUCUCAUCCCGUGUUGAGGAGGAACCGGAUUUUCGACGGGCUGGCAGCUGGAGUUGAGAUCACCAAUAACGCCACCGCUACGCUGGAAAGCAAUCAAAUAUUCAAUAAUCGAUUCGGCGGUUUGUGUUUGGCGAGCGGAGUGCAACCGACGACUAGAGACAAUAAAAUAUACGACAACCAGGAUGCGGUGGAGAAGGCGGUCGGGAACGGCCAAUGUCUGUACAAAAUCUCCUCGUACACAUCGUUCCCUAUGCACGACUUCUAUCGUUGUCAAACGUGCAACACAACGGACCGCAAUGCAAUAUGUGUUAAUUGUAUAAGAACUUGUCACGCUGGCCACGAUGUAGAAUUCAUCAGACAUGAUCGAUUCUUUUGCGACUGUGGCGCCGGAACGUUGAGCAAUCAGUGUCAGCUGCAGGGUGAGCCUACUCAAGACACGGAUACAUUAUACGACAGCGCUGCGCCCAUGGAAUCGCACACACUUAUGGUCAACUAGGAACUAACCUAAUAUAAUUUAAACAAUCAAACAACGUUAGAACAGUAAGUCCACUAUAUCGCGAGCACGCAGUAACCCAUUGCCGAGUUCUUUAUUGCGACAACCUACGAUGAUUUGCUUUAUACACGCCCAAUACGCGAUUGUUACUCUUUGAAGGAAAAUUUGUUGAUAUUGUUGAUAUUAUUUAAUGCCCCCAUCUGUCGGGAUCAUCGUUUCUAUUACCCCCCCCCCCCCCCNCAGCUUUGUCAUUCUUUAGUGUUAAGCGAAAAGACAUUCGCGAACGGCCGAUUACGAUUGAGAUUGUGCAUUUGUAGAUGAAUUUACACGGUGUAAAAUAACGAUGAAAUGCAGAAUGAUGUAAGCUGAGAAGAGUCGAAGAAUUUAGGAGGCGUGUGAUAUUGCAAAUAUUUAAUCAACAUGGGCGAGAGUCGGUGAUGGAUCGACACGGACGUGUUGAGCGAUCUAUUCCGCGAGUAUAUUUUCACAUUUUCUAUUAUAAUAAUGUUGAGCUAACGUAUCACUGAAAAAUGAAUACUUCGCGAGGUGUUUCGUUUUAUUUUCUGACAUUCUGGCAUAAUGCAUUGCAUUCUGGAUACAUGAAAUAUCUCGCGUUCAUUUUUCAAUGAUCCCACCUCUAUACUUUCAUGUGCAAAAUACUUAGACAAAUUUGUUUUCGUUUUGUAGAAUAUAUGAAAUAUCUAGAGAAGCAGUUUUCCAGGGAGGUCAGUCCUCUGAUGCUCGUGUUGAUUAGUAAUUUAUUAUUUAUUUUUGCGACUAUUAUAUGUUUUUUUAAAUUCCUCGACUUUGAAAAAGAGAUGAUCGUGUAGAUACCGUUGUUUAUCCUAUGAAAGUAUAUAUAUAUAAAUAUGUGUAAUCCUUUGUUCAUAUAAGAUAUGCGCCAACGGCGUAUAUUUCCUUUCUCGUUUUACCAGUACAAAAAACAAUGAGAGGAAUCAUACAAACUUGUUAAUUAUUCUAAUAUAUUUACAAAUGCAUAUUCGCAAUCAUAUUCGUUAUUUGCGAGUACAAUCUGCAAUAUCGCCUUGUAUUGGCGCUUCAUUUGUAUUCUGUUCCUCAUUAUUUUCAAUUUCACGGAAGUGUAGUACAAAAUUCUCUCUUUGCGAAAGAUCCUUUCAUCAUGGUAAAAGAUAAUUUAUUUCUACAAAUAAAUUAUCGGAAGGAAUUACAUAUUUAUUUGCUUUUUCUUGCGUUAUUUCUACGAACGGAAGUUUUUUUUUAUGAAUAAAUUAUUCGGAUAUAUAUCGGCUAAUUUAUAUACAGCUUUAUUUUGCGCAUUGAUAGAUCGGAUAUAUAUAUAUACACACAUAUAUAUAUUUUUUUCUAUAUUUCUAUAAUUUAAAAUUAAUAUGAAACGAUUGGCUUAAUGCUUUUUGUGUGUUAUAAAUUUUAUUGUAAAUGUUAUUAGCUCUACAAUGUGUUUUCUUGUUAGAGAUUAUUAGAAGGAGAGGGAGAUUGUUUCUUUGACUCGCGCCAAGACAAAUAAAGAACUCAGCAAUCAAAACGCCAAGAGAGAGAGAAAGAGAGAGAAAGAGAGAGAGAGAGAGAGAGAGAGAGAGAGAGAGAGGGAGAGAAACGGUAGUAAUACAAUAACGAAGAAGGCCCCCCAUAUAAUUAUAUGACACGAUAUAAUAUUAGGUAUAUCAAAUUAAUUUAAAUGUGUAAACGACGCAAACGCUAGACUAAUCGUAAAUCGAACUUUUCACGUCGGCUCUUUUUAUCGAGGUUCUAUCUCAAAAUCGAAAAGAAAAAAAAAAUCUGCGUAUUACAA